AUGAUGCCUCCAACUAUGCCACAUUAUCGGGACUAUGUGGGAAAGGUUCAGAAAAAGCGGCUUCGUUUUGUCGACAGGAUAAAUUUGAUUGUGGCUGUGGCGGUUUCGGUGGCCCUCAUUUUACCGUACACCAAUCGCUGGUUCAAUCUCAUGUUGACCCCCGUGAGUGUUGUGUUGAUAUUUGGGGGAUUGUGGGCGGUGAAAUUGCUGCGGCAAUACCACCUGACCACGUUAUAUCCUCAACAGAAAACUCUCUUCGGUCGUAUAGUUGUUCUGGCUCUUUCCUCGGGGAAGGUUUUGGGCUACUACAUCUUACUGUCAUACGCCGUCGCUCUUUGCCUCGCCUGGCAUAUACCAGCUAUCUGGCAUUAUAACCUUGUCUCGAAAUUGUUUCGCAAUCGGCAAUACUUGAAUGAUGAGACAUUGUUCUACUCAUGCUAUCCUCUUUUGAUGGCGAUACUAUACGCGUUCAUCCAUAUGCUUGCGCAACGAAACCGUCUUGAUUUCAACUUAGGAACAACGCCUAAGCGUGAUCCCCGCAUGUUUCUUUCUGGUUUCGCCAAAAUUAUGUUGAACUCUAUCUUCUUCACUAUUGCGUUGGCUAUUAUUGGAUGGCCUACUUGGCAAAUUCUGCGUAAUAUCAUAUACCUGGUUCUCAAGUACCCUAUUAUACUUGCGGGGUUGGAUCCCGGAGUUCCGCCAGUCAGGCUUCAUUUCUCGACGUGGUUAUCCAUGGUUUUUGCUACGUUCGUUACAAUAAUUUCGUGGGAAAUCACCAAUCACGCUUUUAAUGUCUAUCUGACAAUUGGAUGUAUUGAUGGAAAAACUGCAUUGUCGACAAACUCUAGUGAGCCAUUGAUUUGCCUUGUGGGUGGACUUCAGGAUGAAGAUGAAAUUGUACAAGCGAUCGCAUUCCAAGAAAUUGCGUACAUUGCUAGUUCGCCUGAGGCUAAACAUCUCCGCAAUAUCAUUUACAACCGCACUCCGCAAAGAUGGCCCGAGAUUUAUGACAUCUGUCUCAGGAUUGUUGGUAGGUACUCAGAUCGCGUGAACUAUCGCAGUCCUCAGGAUUCAAAAGCUCUCGAAAAAAGCGCCGAGAAAACAAUUGCUGUACGGAAAGAGGCCAGCGACCCGGCAAAAGGGUCCGGUAGACUUUUUGGGAAUCUGGAAAGUGAUAAGCACCAAGUAUCUAAGAACUCUACUGUGAAGGCAUAUUCCGAACUCACUACCAAAGCAACCAAGAACUCAAAAUCUGGUCUUGGUCAGCGUUUUCAAGACAUCUUCCAAAAACACGUCAAGCCCUUGUGGACGACGGUGGUGAAGUCUACGGAAAAGUGGCAUACUCAUUGGGAGGUCAAACAAUUUGCGCGGAUGAAGCAGUACACAUUAAAAUUCUACGCAUGGUUCCUUCACCUGGGAGUUGGUAUAUUCUUCAGGAUAUACGUCCAGCAGGAUGCUGAGGUGCGAGUCCAAGUCACUAAUGUUGUGUGUAACGCUGCUGUUGCUUUGGCCGAGCUUGCGAUCCACGCCAUCGCAGAGGAUCGACUGGGAACUGUGUCAAAUCGUGAUAUUUGCAGUGUGCUCAACAACUUGGAGCGGCCGAUCAGAGUACUGGCCAACUAUGUUGACUACAUUCCAGCUCUGAUUUAUAAUGCUGACACCGAAGAGUGUCGCAAACAAGCACUUGACCUGGUUGUAGCCGAUGUUCAUGAUGUCAUCAUAAUUGAGUUUCGAAAUGUUUGCAACCAAUACAAUUACAAAUUUCUGAGUCUUGUGGUGAAUGAACAGACUCAACGAUUGGCUGAAAGAGUUCUCGAGAUUAAAUAA